AUACGUUAUAAUUACGAUGAGUAACGAUGCCUGGGAAAUGUAAUCAAAGUGUCACACGGAUUACCGCAUGAAUCAUUUAUCGAUAGGAUAAAAAGGAAAAACGGAUUCGGGUUUUUCGUAACCAAUUGUUAUUAACAAAUGCGCUGACUCACAUCGUCAUUGAAUGAUUUUUUUUUAAAGAUAUACGUCGUUUGUGUAUUACCGUAUAAAUAUGAACGAGGAUUUUAUCAAUGUCAGGUCACAGACCUUGUGAAAGGGGCGAGCUAAGGCGAAGAUGAACAGAGAACGCGCGCACACAAUAUAAUAAUCUCAUCUGUAUUUGUAAUGAAUAUAAAUUUUGUUUACAGUCCGUUAUCCGUAUUUGUGGUCUUAGAAUUAUUCGCUGUAAUAUUGAAGAAAUUUUUUAUUCACAUCGCUUUAGUCAUAUAGAACGGAAGUUAUUUUAUUUAAGCUUCGGAAUGUACUUUCAUUACGGUCAGAAUUGGAAUACACCAGUUAUCUCGAUCAAUCCACAAGACGUGGUUUAUAAUGUUUAAAAUAUAUGCCAGCAGCAUAUAUAAGCACAUAUGUGGAACUUAAUUUUUUUACAAGCUGUCCAUCAGUCCGUGUGAUCUCAACAAUGGUUGGAGUGUUUUAAAACAGUGUUUAAUCGGGAGUGUGAGAAAAUAAAAUUCCAGUUUUUCUCGGUUUCAGUUACUGUUUACCAUUUACAAUAUUAAUUCCGAGUCCGCUUAUUGAAUAUUUACUGAAUAAUUUACCGAAAUAAAUUUACAAUCACUUAAUGAAAUAGAUAAAUAUGUCACGUGCUGCUGAUAAACUCCGGAUGAGAUUCGAUUGGAGAUCAAGCGUCUUUUUUCGAAUCGAAAUCAUAGUCUUCGCCUCUGUUCUCACGAUUUUCAAAAUUGAUGCGGCGCCUAUUUCUCAAAGGCAUCUAUCGCUCGAGGUGCCUCCGGCUCACGCGUUGGAGUUUAUGAAAAAAUUCGGGUACAUAGCGAAGGGAUCGGAUCGUGUGGAGGCGCAGUAUAGCCAGGAAUCGAUGUCAGAGGCAAUAAGAACUGUUCAAAAAUUCGGUAAUAUACCUCAAUCGGGAAUAUUCGACAACGCUACACUGAAGUUGAUGCAAUCACCGCGAUGCGGUAUUCCUGAUAUACGACCCGAUUAUUCGAGCACUCGAAGGAAACGUUUUGUUAUCGGUUCUAGCGGUUGGAAUAAACGCCGUAUCACUUACUAUAUAGCGAAUUGGAGUGCAAAAUUAGGGGAAGAGGCAGUCGCCGAUGAAAUUGAAAGAGCCUUCGGUGCGUGGAGUGGAUAUUCACGUUUGGAUUUCAAGCAAAUAAAUGACCCGUCCGCGGAUAUAAUCGUCGCUUUCGGUCGGGGUAACCACGGCGAUGGAUACGCCUUCGAUGGUCCAGGAAAUAUCCUCGCGCAUGCAUUUUUUCCCGAUGAAACGGGGUCGUACGCCGGCGACCUUCACUUCGACGAUGACGAAGACUGGAAAACAAGACCAAACGAUUUUCAGGGACAAACCGAUUUUUACAGUGUCGCUGUUCACGAAAUCGGUCACAGUUUAGGACUCGCUCAUUCUUGGGUACCAUCGUCAGUCAUGUUUCCUUACUAUAAAGGAUCCACACCAGACAUUCAGUUGGAUUACGACGAUAUCCUGGGACUGUACCAGCUCUAUAUCACGCGACCAUUGGAGGGUGAUCAUCUGACGAAUACACAUUCAGGGAUAUCGGAAAAUGACGAUGAGAUUCCUACAGAAACUAUCCCUGAAGAAACAACUACGCUUGAGUCUCAGGUAGAGACUACGACAAAGCAUUUUCAUCAAUUAACAUACGAAGGGGAUUACGAAACUGUUGAUGAUUUUCUUCGUCAUCAAAGUGAAAGUGGUCGCGAUGUUUCCCAAAUAACAUCAAGGCACAUCCCUCGACCUACACUGCCGUCUAUUCCCGAUGUCUGCGAGGGCAAUUUCGAUGCCAUCAGCGUCUUCAGAACAGAACUUUUCGUAUUCAAAGGAGAGUACGUUUGGCGGUUGAGUAGCCGCGGAGUAAUUAUGGACGGCUACCCAGCUAAAUUUCGCCAGUUAUUUUGGCAGCUUCCCGAAAAUAUAAGAAGAAUUGAUGCAGCAUAUCAGAGGGAGUAUGAUGGCAGCAUCAUACUGUACAGCGGAAAUCAAUACUGGAUUCACGAUGGAUAUUCACUCAUUGAAGGCAGUCCUCGGCCCCUGACGGAUUAUGGAAUUGACGAAGCUGUUGAUAGGAUAGAUGCGGUGCAAGUUUGGGGAAAGAACGAUGAAAUCUAUCUGUACAGAGGAGAGAAGUUUUGGAGAUUUAAUGAAACCUCCCAUACCCUGGACGCUGGUUACCCACGCAAUAUCAGGAGCUGGCGGGGCGUACCACCUAACAUUGAUGCGGCAAUGACUUGGCUUGACGGUCAAACUUACUUCUUCAAGGGCAAGCUGUUCUGGAAGUUUGACAACCAUUUGAUCAAAACAGAUAGUCAUUAUCCUCUCUCAGCUCCACAAUAUUGGCUAGGCUGUCCGGAACAGCAGGAUACAGUUCAGCGGUAAACUAUUGAUUCGAUAAUUAUAUUCGAGAUGGUCGAAAGAAUAUUCGAAUUUUAGGUUUCGAGAAGUUAAUGUGAUAACUCAAGAGUUGAAAAUGUGUGGAUUUUUGAAUUUAGACA